UACUUCCAAAUUUACAAUGAGCAGAAACGACUCAGCCCUGGAGGAGUGACUGUCACGUGGUUGGGCGUCAGCGCCGACCGCUCUUUCCGUUUGAAGCGCGCACUGACCAGUAACUACACCGACAGCGCAAUUCUCCUCCAAGCUCGCAACUUCCAUCUCUAACCUCUUCCACACUCACCACGUCGCAUCAAGAUGGCGCCGCCGACGCCUGUGGUCCUCGUCAGCUCCUUCAAGAGCCCUAAUAUCAGCAGUCGAGUCCCUCACAGCUAUGCUAGCAGCCAUAAGAAGCUUGAAGACCUAGCUUUCAGUCUCUUCAAUAACGAAUUCCCCCGAGACAAGUGGGACGCCCACUUCCACCUGAAGAGUCAGGAGAUCAAUGGCACCCGAUGCAAGGCGACUGUCAUUGCAUUCCUUUGGGAUGAUGGCGAAUAUUUCACCUGGGAGAAUUUGAAGGACGGGGAGAUCCAUAUCUUCGCACAUUUCGUGGGCAAGCCCUACAGCCGGGUAGGUGCUCUAUACUACAUGCCUGCGAACACCGCACCUUCCCCCACUGGAACUCAUUCAGGAUCUAUGCCCGGAGACAACACCCUUCCUCGGCAACAAACACCGAUCUUGAUACUGGACUCCAACAACGAGCUAACGGAAGAUGAGCAAUCUGAAACCAAAGAGCCGGAGCUAAGCGCACCCGCGGAAGCGCCAAUAGCCCGACGUCCAUCCGCAUGUAUUCGAGGACAAAAGGCCCCCCUACCAACCAAUAAUGUUCCUCGCUCUAGCAGCCACUAUUUUCCCCAGUACAACCCGUCUGUUCACCCUCCAUUACCAACGGAAGCUAAUCUGCACAAUUUUCUCCGAGAUUAUCAAGACGCCCAAGACAUCAACAUUCGAGAUGAGUUUCACCGAUCGGAUCGCGCGAACAGCAUCCAUAUCGUAACGAAGUGUAGGAUUGCGCGAGCUAGGCUCAUGAUUGGAAAAUAUGGUAUGGAUCCAAUCAAACCCUGCCUCCGCUGCAAGUCACUUGGGAGGAAAUGCCGAGUGUUUCACCCUCUGGUGUACACUUGGAAUCGGAGGAAAUCAGGAGUACGUUUCAAAGAAGGUGGAGCGCCAUGCGCGUGGUGUACCUAUCAGAGUGGUUUCUGCAACGCUGAGUGCGAGGUGGGAUGACGGUCUGACAGCAUGAGAGCCGGAGCGGCAUGGGAGGCAUAUCAUGACGUUUCAGUCAUGACAGUGCAAGCUAGGAGGGAUAUGGAAGAAGGUGCAAACUGGGGCAAUUCAUUAGACAGGCGAAGGCACCCUCAGGGAAUUACUUCGGCGUAUGCAGAGAAGUACG